GCCAAUUGACCAAAUUCGAUUGAGCAUGCACACUCUAGUGGUUGUGCCUGUCCUCGUCGCUGUAUGCUCUAGCAUCAUGUACAUGGCGGCGAUCACUCCAUCAGGGGAAGCGUGGAAUGCGAACUGGAUGGCCAUCGCCGAGGCGGCCAACGGCAACGUGUCCUGGAUGCAAGAAGGAGCACAAGAAGGGUACCAGUUCCGCCGCUUUGGUGAAAACAAGACGUUCUGUUUCUCACCUCGAGCCUCUCUCCCUUUCCGCGUGGACAGUCUGAACGAUCCACGUCAGCCAUACCUGGUGCAAUACCUCACUCGCUUCGAGCAAGUCAAUGCUUGGUUGGCCCACGUCAGUCCCUACGUCACUCCGAUGCAGCACUUUCUCGGAUCCAUCCAGCCGCUCAUGUGGGGAUGGAGUGAUCUUCGCGUCGCGAUCAAGAGUGACUCGAUGUCGCAGCUGAGCUUUUCCUACAAAACUCCACCGUCGAAUGUGUGUCACAUAUUGGCGCAUGUUCAAAGCUCCGUGUAUCCGUCCAUCCGCGAUGCCUUGCCCGACGUGGUGCUCUACGUGUUGAGCAAAGGCGCCGAGCUCGCCAAUCGGUACUGCGAAGGCUGCUCAAAGAACGGAUGCCCCCUGGCGUGCGAAGCCUCCAACAGCCCCGCCAUCUGCAUGGCGACGCUGAGUCCGUACCAGUACCCGUGUGUGACGGUGGCGGGCCCCGAGACCGGCCUACUGCUCAGCCAGGCCCGCGUCGCGAUCACAUCCGUGUUCUAUUCUGUCGUGUCGCUGCAGUAUGUGCAAAACAUGGGGCUGGGCUUUGCGCUGUACUUUUUGUCCCCUCUGCUGGCCCACAGCCGCCUGUUCCACUUCGUUCUCGGCGCGGCCAUCGGCAUCGUGUGCUCGAUUGCGUUGCUCUUGUACCAGCUGUACAAGCAGAGCCAGAGCACGCUGCGCCUCCUACCCGGCGCCAGCUUCCUCCAAAGCGCGUCCGUUCUCACCACGCUCGCGUUUCCCGUCACAGGGCUCAUGCUAUUGCCCACGCUCUACUCGCUCUUGCAAUGGGCGCUGGGGCUGCUGUUUACGUUUUGGUCGAGUGACCAAGUGUUUGGGGUGCCUCACUUGGGCAAAUUUUACUUUGUUUUUUUCGGCGCCGUUGGGAUGGCGUUUGUCUGGUGGUUCCAGUGGUGGGCCCCUCCCAACGCCCAGGAUUACGCCACGUCAUCGUUUCAACAACCCAACGACGACGACGGCGACGACGACGAUGUGGUGGUGUGGCGGGACCUGCGCCGCAUGGAAGCCGAAGUCCGUCUACAUGUCGAUAUAUAUAUUAUACCAUCUAGUAUAACUAUAUAAACUGCACAAUGGAUGGCUAGGACCUGCGGCUACCGGAUAACCAGCAGCGGCUGGCACGCACGCUGCAGCUGGUGGCGAUCAUGCUGCUGUUCCAAAGCACUUCGUCGACGCUCAUUUCGACGGUCGUUGUGGCGGUGGCGCUGCUGUGGUCGGUACUAGAGGCAUUGUACGCGCACUUGUACUUUUGGUACUGGUCCGAGACGCCAGGGCUCCAUUCGACGCUGAUUUCCACCGACGAGUAUGUCGCGCAAGGCAAGACGGAAACAGAAAAAGCACUGGCGGCACUGCGGCAGCACCUCAAGGACCACCCGACUGUGGCCGAGAGCGUCCGGGAAGACCACGAAGUCCGCCUGCGCCGGUUCAUGCACGGCAAAGAUCACAUGGACGCGACUGGCAAGGCGGCCAAGAAGGAUGCUUCCCAACGAUCCAAAGCGGGGGCGCGGCGGUGGUGUGUCAUCCAGUGAGACCGAUUGUAGGGAUGUGUAGCUAGGUGUGUGGACAAGUUAGUUGCAUUGAAACGCGUCUAGUCUUUUGGUUUGCUGUCGUUAAGGUAGUAGUCGCCGCCGCCGCCGCCAUGUGGAACCUUUAUAUAUAAACACAAGCAACUGAC